AUUGCCUAACAUAAAGUAACUCAACGAGGUUGAGAUCGUAGAGCUGAAUAAGAAUUAAUUGAUCGACGUGUACCACCUAAAAUUAGAUAGAUUUAGUGUUACGGCUAGGUGGUUUAGGCUAUGCCCCAUUAUGUAGGUGCUCCAAAACGCCGUAUGAGUCAACUCACCGUAGGGGGUUACAGGAAACUAGGUGCGAGCCCUGCAGCCUCACUAGGCGUUCCAGGUCCCUAGAUAGGUCCCUAGGAGCGAUCCGCAGCAGGCUGAGCCGGUUACCCCACAGUCUCACAUGCCCCGAAACGGUAACUAGUAUACUACCUCAAGAGAUGAGGCGGAUACGAGAUAUAAAUUUUACGUAUCCCCAUCUUGAAUAGAACGUCUUAAGGUCCAAGACACACACCUUGCCGAAAGAUAAACAACAAUCUGUUCUCCUUCCCAAGGGUAGCCAAUAUGCUUAAACUAAACUCUGACGAUUCUUUCAAUUUCGAACUCCUGCGCGUACUCGCGCAUACCACAUAUGGAGGAGCCGAUAUCAGCGAGUGCCUCAUCGCAGCCCAAGAGAUCGUGCCCGGUGAUUUUGAAUCGUGGUACGAAGUAUGGUAUCGGCGCGCGGAGAGAGUUCUAUCGCAGGCUAAGGAUUUGAAAAAUCCGGUGUCGAUCAGGGACGCCAUGUUCCGCGCUGCAACAUAUAGUCGUGCUGCUGAUUUCUUCCUGCAUGGAAACUGGGAUGACCCGCGUAUUGAUUCGUUAUGGAAAAGGCAGACCGAGUGCUUUGAUGCGGCCAUCGCAACAUUGGACAAUCCAGGGUACCGGAAGCUAGUGAAGGCAGACGGUUUCAACGUUCCGAUCAUUGUCUUCCCGGCCGGAAAGGUGGGCGACGACAAGAAGCGUCCUACGAUCCUCUUGGGUAAUGGGAUGGACGGUUCCAUGGGAGAAAUGUAUCACAUGCAUGGUGUAGCUGCUCUUGAACGUGGGUACAACGUUGUGGUGUAUGAUGGUCCAGGGCAGCCAAGCGUUCGUCGUGAGCAGGGGCUUGGGUUCAUUCACAACUGGGAGGCCGUUGUUACCCCGGUCGUCGACUUUCUCGAGACACUUCCGUUCGUAGACGCCGGCAAGAUUGGGCUUGUGGGGUACAGUAUGGGCGGAUACCUGGCAGCACGUGCGGCCGCCUUCGAACACCGACUCGCAGCGGUAUUCCAAAUUGACGGAUUAUACGACUUCACGCGAACUCCAAUUUUCCAACCAGAGAAUGGACUAGGCCGGUUCGGCUUCGGCGAUGAUCUUGAAGGCACGCAGGCACUGCUUAACAACCCUAAGGUCCCCGCAGGUCUGAGAUGGGUUCUAGGCCAGGGCUUGUGGGCCUUUAAAGUGCGUACUCGCUCCGAGUAUCUCGAGAAGGCGAGGUUGCUCAGUCUAGCAAACGGCAUUGCAGAACAGAUUCAAUGCCCAGUAUUAGUAGGUGAUGCGGCCAAUGAUAUGUUCUUCUUAGGUCAGCCGCAGAUGAUGGUUGAGGCUUUGGGCGAGAAAGCGACGCUUGUCACGUUGACAGAUGAGGAUGGCGCUGGUGAUCAUUGUCAUUUUGGUGCAGCAAGACAUACUAAUCGUAUUAUGUAUGAUUGGUUUGAGGAGAAGGUGGUAAAGGUGUAAGGGUGAGGAUUGUUUUUUGAAUGAGAUUGAUUAGAAUGGAAGAAUCACAGUGUAAACCAGAGAAGGACUAAAGGCUAGGUACAUAUAAGUACCUACAUAUAGCGGGAUGAUCUUCAUUUAGCGCUAACCUUAAAUGGCGUCAUCUGAUUCUGUGUGCAUGUCGCGUGGCUUCCGGGGUUGUACCUGAGUCUUUGUACUGGGGUACUUUCCGUUCUUUGU